AGUGAUGCAGGAGUAAGAAGAUAGAGCUGAUUUCAUGUCAGUACAUUUUACUCCCUCCGCUAAUAGAGCCAAUGCUGGCAAGUUACUUAACCAGUCGAGAAAAAAGAAGAUUGUAGACGAUGUUGGGUUCUGCAAUCAUUACUCAGACUGUUCAGGGACGUUCAGCCUAGUCAACAAGCGCAUGGGAAAGAAGGAAUCCUUCCGCUUCAGCAAAGAAAAGUCUCUAUUCCUUCUUUCUUCCAGGAGUCUCGUAAGGAGAUUCUGUAUACGAAUUAUAUGUACUCAGUGGUUCGAUCACUUCAUCAUUUCUCUUAUCCUUAUCAACUGUGUUCUUCUUGCUGCCGACACGGAGGCACCUUACAUAGAGUACGCCUUUGCAGUGAUUUACACAUUGGAAGUUAUUGUAAAAGUUCUGGCUAGAGGGUUCGCGUUCCACAAACACGCCUAUCUGAGGGACCCUUGGAAUAUAUUAGACUUUGUUGUUGUAUUCUUCGGAUAUCUCACUUUGGUGGAACAACUCAACGAAUUCUCGUUUAUAAAAGCUUUGAAAGUUCUAAGAGCACUGCGAACUAUUGCUGUAGUUCCAGGUUUGCGUGUAAUAGUAAACUCGCUGCUAAAGUCCUUGCAGAGUCUCUCAGACAUAAUGCUACUGACCCUCUUCUUCUUAGCUGUCCUGGCUAUUAUCGGCCUGCAGGUCUUCAUGGGGCAGCUCAGGAACCGUUGCAUCACAGCACCAGAUCUAGUGAACACGACCUCACGUCACGAGGAGUGGUGGGGCGUUAAACCGGACGAUGUUGGGUUUCUAUCUGAGGAGGUGCAGGAAAUGAGGAUGGCUUUUAUAAACGAUACCAGAAACUGGAUACCUGAUGCUGACGAUCCCAUUAUUUGUGGUCCUCCGAACGCGCCGGGAACACGGCAGUGUCCGGACGCUAGUGUAUGUUUACAAACAGAUAUCAACCCUAACGACGGUUACACUAGUUUCGAUAACUUCGGCUCGGCUAUGUUGACCUGUGCUCAACUGAUCACUCUCGACUUCUGGGAGGAUAUUUACGGCAAGGUGUUAGGGGCUAGUGGGGAGAUCUACAUCUUCUACUUUCUAAUUGUUGUCUUCUUCGGGUCCUUCUACCUCCUUAACCUGGUCCUGGCGGUUGUUUUUAUUUCUUAUGAGCAGGAAGUCUUGGCUCCACAAAAAGAAAAGGCAUGUUCAACUAAGUCGGACGUUGAUUCCAACAAAGAAGACGAAAACCACCCGUCAUGGCCCCUCACUCCCCUCACUCCCCGCGAAAGUUACACCGUUACACAAUCGUUCAACAACGACUCCCCCCACCUGAGUCACUCUGCCUAUUACCUAGACUACACUUACGGGUUGCCCAAGAGACCCCACACAACCAAUCAGAACACAGUAUUUACACCACGUGACACACGGAGACCCCCCAAACGGGGCUUCCUGGCUGCUCUCAAGAUCUGCUGCUCUAAACAGUUCCUGUGGUACAAGAUGUUUGGAGUGUACCCGGAGGUCAAGGUAAAGGACCCAACAAAAGAAACAUACUACGAAAUAUUGUGUGACGUGUGGACCUGGUUCCGCAGUCAGAUAAGGAGUUUUAUUUAUAGUUUCUGGUUUGAGAACGGAGUGAUGGGCUGUAUUGUUCUGAAUACACUUUGUCUAGCCCUGGACUCCCAUGGUAUCAGUGAGGAGAUGGGAGAGGUCCUCUCUAAAGUUAACGAUUGUCUAACAUGGAUCUUUACAACAGAAUUGGUUAUAAAACUAGUUGGUUUACUUCCAACAGAGUUUUGGAAAACGAAAUGGAACAUUUUCGAUGCGAUAAUCGUGAUUGUGUCACUAGUUGAAUUAAAUCUUGAAAAUGCUUCUUUCAAUGUUUCCGGCUUGCGGUCUCUCAGAGUGCUGCGGGUAUUUCGACUAGCAAAGUCGUGGAAUACUAUGAAGGCGCUGAUCGACAUCAUAGCUGAGUCAAUAUCAGGUUUAAUGUAUUUAUCCAUAAUAUUGGGAGUUGUAAUAUUCACUGUCUCCGUAAUUGGGAUGAACCUAUUCAAGAAGGAAUAUGAAAACUUCUUCAACAACGAGGCCCUCCACCCGGACAGCUAUGGUAACAUGCCGCGCUGGAAUUACCAGGACUUCUACCAUUCUUUUGUCUUAGUGUUCCGUAUACUGUGUGGCGAAUGGAUUGAGCUACUUUGGGAGACUCUCCAAGUUACUCGGGGCCAGAUGUGGCCUGUUCUGUUUUACUUGGGGGCUUUGGUUCUGGGCAACUUCCUUCUUCUCAAUCUCUUCUUGGCGCUUCUGCUCAACGCAUUUGGGUCGGAAUCAAUCAAUGAGAAGAAAGAAACUGCGGCGGAAGUUGCUGAAAAAGAGGUAUCUCUGACCGCUUUCUUAAAAAAGAAACUGUUUAACAUAACAAAAAGUAAACACAAAUUAGCUUCAGAGAUAAGAAUGUCAACACUAGAUCUGACUGCUCUUGAGCGCAUGAAGACCCCGUGCAGACAUCGCCGAAACCCUGGUAACAGUGAUAACCCUGGUAACAGUGAUAACCCUGGUAACUGUGGUAACCACGGUAACUGUGGUAACCACGGUAACGGCGCAUCUUCUGAGUACAGCGAGGGAUCUGAAUACAUGAAUAUGAUAGACGUGGACGAACACGAGGGUAACGACCCCUACAGCUGUGACGACUGUUGCCAGUGCUGUAGUAUCUGCUGUAGACCUCUCUGUGUUUGUUGCUCCAUGUUCCGGGAAGCCACUAGACGGAUUGUGCAACACAAAGUCUUCGAUUGGACUAUCCUUAUCUUGAUUAUGGCUUCUAGUGUUACCCUCGCUUUUGAAGACUCCUCGUUGGAGACAUCCCCUUCUCUGAAGCGGAUAGUUGAUACUCUCAAUUUGUUUUAUGUUGUAGUCUUUACUGUUGAGAUGUGCCUCAAGCUCUUUACAUUCGGCGUGAUAAAUUACUUCGAGUCCGCCUGGAACUGGAUUGAUUCACUUGUUGUCACGAUAUCAAUAGUCAGCACUGUAGCGAGUAAUGCCAACAUUGGUGGUUUGAAAGUUAUCAGGUCUUUCAGAGCGUUAAGACCCUUGAGGGCCAUAUCUCGCUGGAAAGGGAUGAGACUUUCAGUAAACGCCCUGAUUUCCUCAAUUCCCUCAUUUGGAAAUGUGUCUUUGGUUUGCUUGGUCCUUUGGCUUGUUUUCUGUAUAUUGGGAGUCCAGUUCUUUGGAAACACGUUUUACAAGUGUGUUGGAGAUGAUGGACCAUUGGAUAAUAAGAGUACUGAAAUCAAGAACAAGACUAUGUGUAUAGCACAAUUUGGACAAGACGCGUGGCAGAAUUCAAAAAUUAACUUUGAUAACACAAUAAUGGCAUUCGUUGCUUUGUACCAAGUGGCUACAUUUGAGGGCUGGAUGGAGGUUAUGGAUGAUGCCAUCGACUCCGUGGGCAUAGAUAAACAGCCAUCUUUUGAGCACAACUUUAAAGCAUACGUGUUCUUUUUGGUGUUCAUAUUUAUUGGUUCCUUCUUCACGUUAAAACUGCUGGUUGGAGUUGUUAUCGAUAACUUCAACAGACUGAAAAAAGAGUACGACGAGAAAGGACAAUUAGGAGUACUUCUCACACCCACACAACGCCAAUGGAUGUCAACCUUCAGGAAAAUGACCAAAACAAAGCCUAUACGCAUGACCACCCGUCCCACCAACCUGUUCAUGAGGUUCUGUCACGACCUAUCUGAAAACCAAAAGUUUGAGGUGGUGAUAACGAUUGUGAUAUUGUUGAACAUGGUACAGAUGGGUAUGGAGCACGAUGCAGCUAGUCCCGAGUUUAAAAAAGCUAUGAUGUAUGCUAACUACAUCUUCACUGCCAUCUACACUGUUGAGGCUUCCCUUAAGAUUAUUGGUACCCACAAAUUCUACUUCUACAAAUCCUGGAACAUCUUUGAUUUUGUGAUUGUGAUGUGUGCUUGGCUUGGGAUCGCUCUGGACAGUGUUGUGAAGAACUUUGUGAUCGACCCCUCGAUUCUCCGGAGUUUAAGACUUUUCCAGGUAGCCCGAAUACUGAGAGUUAUCCAAGUAGCAAAGGGGAUCAGACGACUCCUCUACACCCUAGUGUGCUCUCUGCCUGCUCUAAUAAACAUAGGAACUUUGCUGCUGCUCAUUGUUUAUAUCUACGCGGUGAUGGGUGUGGCGAUGUUUGGUCAAGUUAAGAGGCAGGGGGUUUUGAAUGACCAGAUGAACUUUGAACGAACACCUGCUGCAAUAAUCCUAAUGAUAAGGUUGGCCACAUCAGCUGGCUGGAAUGAUGUGCUAGAUGCCCUCAUGGUCUCCCCGCCAGACUGCAGUGUUUCUACCGCAGACUCUCCCGGAGACUGUGGGUCCAAGGGUUUUGCUAUUGUCUACAUUUCUUCCUUCAUUCUCAUCGCUUUCUUGAUCAUGGUAAACAUGUAUAUUGCUGUCAUCCUAGACAAUUUCAGCAUUGCUCAACAAGAUGACGAGGUCGGAGUAGACGUAGAUGACAUCAAUCUCUUUUACGAGAAAUGGAAGGUCUUUGAUCCGAAAGCGACAGGAUUUCUAAACGUGAGAGUGUUGCCAGACCUAGUGAGACAGCUAUCACAACCUCUAGGGAUACCCGGUGUUACAGAGGAGGAAGUGUUGCAGUUGGAUAUUCCACUUUAUCCUUAUGAUAGGACCCAUUGUAUUGACGUUCUUCAGGCUCUUAUCUCGCGAACUCUCGGUCCUAAUAGCAAUGCAGAUGAGUUUGAUAUGAUUAAAUCGCUCAUGUCUGAAAACUUUACAACAGCCUUCCCAAUGCUUUCUAUAGUGACCGUCAAAACAACCAGGGUACGAUCGAGGUGUAGUGCGACGAUUGUGCUGCAAAAAGCAUUCAGGAGACAUGUUAGUAUGGACAUUACCAACGCAACAAUUGAAGAUUUUGAGGGAGUGCAAGAAAAUGAACAUUUUGAGGGAGUGCAAGAAAAUGAAACUGAAUCUUUCGAGAAAAUGCAAGAAACUCAAUCUUUCGAGAGAGUGCAAGAAACUGAACAUUUCGAGGGAGUGCAAGAAACUGAAACUGAAUCUUUCGAGAAAAUGCAAGAAACUGAACCUUUCGAGGGAGUGCAAGAAAGUAAAAUUGAAUCUUUCGAGGGAGUGCAAGAAACUGAACCUUUCAAGGAAGUGCAAGAAACUGAAUCUUUCGAGGGAAUGCAAGAAAAUGAAAAUAAACCUUUCGAAGGAGUGCAAGAAAGUAAAAUUGAAUCUUUCGAGGAAGUACAAGAAACUGAACCUUUCGAGAGAGUGCAAAAAACUGACAAUGAAUCUUUUGAUCCUGAAAUUAAACCUUUCCCUGGAGUGAAAAAUCUAAGACUUAUAUUUGAACGCUGAUUUCUAAUCACUCCAGAUGGCAUUAGAUUUAAUUGCUUCUCAGACGAAUUUUCAACUAUGGGCAAAUUUCUGAUCAUUGGGAGUAAGAGUUUGGAGCGUUUAUCAAAGUAAUAAUAAUAUAAAGGGUUUAUCUACUAGUACUACAAAACCUCCCUCCUUAUAAUUAUAUCAUAUAUGCUUGAUACUGAACGCCUUAAGCACAUGGCCCCUAAUAAAAAUGUAAUACAAUGCUAAAAACGAUUUAAAGUCGAGCGUGCAAAAUCACUCUACAGUCGAUCUUUGAGAUUUUUCUGAAAGGGCCCAUGAUCGAUAAUUGAAAUCUAUUUCAUUCGAUGUAUUAUCGAACGCUGAUUCCGAAUCACCCCACAUAAGUCAUGACAUAGAGUUAAAAUACUCCCCUAGCGAGAUAUCGCCAUCUAUAACAUAUAAGGAGGUGAUUAAGUCACGUGACAGUCGAGUGUAGAGUGAUUAAUCAUCAUCCAUUUAAAGUAUUCACUUGAGAACAAACGUAAAAUGUAAAAUAACUAAUUCAAUCAUUAUCCGGCUAUAUAUAAUAAUCAAAUUAACUUUCUGCAAUUUAUAAAUUAC